GCUCUUGGUCAAGUGACAAUGCAUCCCCCACCCAGUGAUAAUUAUCGGUUAAUCAAAAACCAGAUCAAUGGAACGGACAUUCGAAAACCCAAGUCCGUUCACCCUUCUCGGCGAAAAUCCAGUUUUCAUAGUGCGAUGGUGGCGCCAAAAUCUGAGCCCUUGCGGCGGAAAGUGAUGCAAGGCGGGAAUUUUGAAAUGUACGCCUCCCGAGAGGCGCUCUGUGCCUCGACGAUGGAUCUGCGACAACCGCCCAGGUUUGAGGCCCCGCCUCCUCCACCCUUGAGCCGGGAGGAUGAAACGAGGAUGAAGAAGAACCAGGUUCACGCUUCCAGGAACAGCUUGUAUAAGGAGGGGAGUAAUGGGAAUCUGGAAUAUAGUGAAUAUGGUGAACUCCGGGCUAUUGUUCGACGGAUUGAGGAGCAGAAGUUGAACCAUUUGUCCAGGAAUAAUACGUUUGUAAGCCGAAAUCAAAGUUUCUCCACGGGGAAAUCACCUCAUUUAAACCGGAAACGAAUGUACUUUGACUAUGUGCCAUCCUCUGUGAUGAGAAGUAACUCACACCAUGGUGGUCAAGGACCACCACGGCCCAACAAUUUGGGGGUCCCAUCCCAAAGUACCCAGACCCUGCCUCAUUCUGGAUCUCUCACUAUGAACAAUUCCACCCUGCCCCCUCGGCAUCUUCAUCAUCAUCCCAACCAUCCCCCUAUCCGACAUCCGGAUCACUUUUCGCCCGAUCGGAGCUCGGGAUCUAGUCAUUUCCCGGGGGUCUCCCCGGAUUCGUCGGGAUUAUCAGCCAGCACAUCCGGAGGAACCCUUUUGAAUUCGAGAUUGGAUGAAAGCAAUACGGCCUCCAACAGUCCCUCGUCAAGCAUGGAUAACCGGAAGGGUCGCCGGAACUCGCAUAAAGCUUCGACCCCGUCAUCCUCGCUCUUGAUCAAGAGAUCCGAGGACGCUCCAGUGACCCUUAAAGGAUGGCUUUACAAGCAAGGGAGUGAUGGGUUGAUGCUCUGGAAAAAGAGAUGGUUCGUCUUGUCCGAAUAUUGCCUCUUCUAUUAUCGAAGCCCAGAAGAGGACAAAGUAUCGGGUUCCAUUCUCCUGCCCUCUUACAAGAUCAGUCCAGUGGCUAAAGAGGAUGCGGUUUUCCGGCGGUUCUGCUUUAAGGCCGAGCAUCAGAACAUGAGGACCUACUACUUCGCCACAGACACGAAAGAGGCCAUGAUUCAGUGGAUGAACGCCCUGAGCCUGGCCUCGAUUAUGCAAACACCGUCCACACGAUCCUCUGCGGCGAAUGUGACGACCACGCCAACAUCCCCGACUGCCAGCACCAUGAAUGGCAAUCAUUUAGCUCAGUCGAGAUCCUCAGUGGCCGUGAUGAACAACAUGCGUACCCCAGUGACCCAUCAUCAAUAUCCGACGCAGGUGCACCAAAUGUACUCACCCAAUGGCAAUGCCUACCAGUACCACGGAGAACCAUCACCCAGUUCACCGACAUCCCCAGAGGGCUUGGAAAAUGGUCGUCAGCCAUUGUAUGCCAAUGCUCCACCUAAACCUCGGCGUUUGACCAAUACUCGAGAAGACUCCCCGGACCGAUUCGAAGAUGAGGAGCUCUCUCCAACUUACCACCAACAAAUGUAUUCGCGACAAAAUCCGGGGAAGGUCCCUCUUCGAUCCCACACACCCGGAGAGCGGAUGAUGUACCCACAAGCGCAACAUUACCCUUAUCAACAAGCCACUCUUGUGCAAAAUCUACAGCAACAACAGAGACACACUCAAACACCGGGCGAGCCUAUUUACAACGGCAAUAAUGUCAACAACGAAGUGGCUAAUCAUAACCGGCAAGGUGGACCCACGAUACGACAUCGACUUCCCCAAGAAAGGCGGACUCCGGAGGCCUAUGGGCGAUCGCAUUUCAAUAUGAUGAACCAAAACACGUCUCAGAACUAUGAAGAUGUUUUCCGAAACCGGAAUACUCCCGGUUAUCCUCCUCCCCAAGGGCGAAAUUAUCCACCCCCACCCGUUCCUCAACAACAGGCUCAACUGCCACCUUUGCCCCAACAACCCCAACUUUUCCAAGGUUACCAAUACCAGCACCAAGUACCUCAUCAACCAUAUCACCCUCAACAACCUCAACCUGUUACUCCCCAAUACCAACCGCACGAACUGCCGCAACAACGUCAACCCCGGGAGGUCCAACGUCAACCAGGUCAGCCCCAGCAAAAGGUGCCUCGACCUCAUAGUGCGGAUUUCUUGGAGUUGGAUCGCAAUGUCGUGGCUGUACCGACCCAAUCCUCUGGAGGCAACAACCUCAAUACUACUCAGUAUCAAUCGCAAACACAAACCCCUCACCACUACCUUGGGAACCACGUGAGGAGAAAACAAAAUCCUCAACCCCCUCGCCCUAAGUCGAGUGUAGACCCACGGAUGUUUGAUUCCAGUUGGAGUACCGAGCAUUACGCAGAGCAAAUGCGAAAUCAUGCCUCCACAUAUGCCACAGGUACCCCUCAACAGACUCCGCGAUCCCAAUCGCGGGCUUCAAUACAUUCCAAAUCCCAUCUGAUGCCCGACAACCACCUUCAAUCACAACCAAGAACCUCUCAAACCCGGUUGUACCCACCACAAACCUCCCACACUAGCGACUCACAAGUGGAUAGUAGCGAGGAAGUGUCCCGGUAUUUCCCCACACCCUCCCCAAGAAAACCGGUCCAGGGAACCACUACAUACCAGAACCUGCCCGAUAACUCCGCCAUUGUCACGAGGCAGUACCCUCAAUAUCAAGCCCGAUUGGAGACAGUGACCCCGAAUCGGUUGUCCGAACAAUACCAUGGGAGCAACGGAUCCGAUUAUGGAACUGGUGAAUUCCGAAGAUCCGCAAGUGCCAGACUUCACCGAAACAAGAAAAACUACCCAGAAAUGCUCAAUAACUCCGAUCUAGGCCCCGAAGACAACAAAAAGAAGGAGCAGAGAGAAGAGUCCAUGAAGAGGUUACUGGAAUGGAAACAGCGAAUGCUCCAGAGCCCUUUGACGCGGAAGUCCUCUCGGAACGCAUCGCGAACCCAGACUCCAACCAACUCAAAUUCUCCAGUCCCGUCCUUAGGACACGAUUCUCAAUUUAGACAGAAGGUCCUGGAUGAGUUGGAAAAACAAUCAGGAAAGUCGUCCACUCCGGGGAAUUCGUCGUCAAACACCACAAGUGAGAGACGACUGAGUCGUAAAGGAAGUGGCGCUUCCAGAUCGUCACGGAGUCGAUCCUCGCCUCGGAUUGCCAAUCGACCUAACACCUCUUCGUCCGAUGAAGAUAAGCAACAAUCUUUGGAAUCGUCCCGACAAUCCAGGAAGAAAUCUAGACCUCAAAGUGAAAAACGUUCCCGGAAUCCGAGUCGAGAAAGUCGGCGGUCUUCGUGCCAUGUAGGUUCUUCCACGGAUCAACCAGAAUAUAUCAAUAUUAGCUGUCUGGAACCAGCUUUAAGCCCCAAGCGAGGUCAGGACCUUCAAGUUAGGGAAACAGUUGUCAAAGCUGAGUGGAGAAAGCGGGCCAUUGGACCCGAUGAUUGGUACUCGGACGAUUUCAACUAUGACAAUGCCAAGAAUUCAUUCUCAGAAGAUCCAUUAUUAAGCGGCCAAUACAGCCACCUGUUAGACUUGAAAUACCACAAUCAAACUGCUGGCGCGUUUGUACAAGAAGCGAGCAAUAUGGUCCAAGACAAUGUGCCCAUGAGGUCUAAACCAAGGCGAACAUUAAAAGAUCAAGGCCGAUCAGUAACCUGGCAUGCAGACAAGUUUAAAGACUUUCAAAUUAUGGGCAAACAGAAUAAAGAAGAAGUUCUUUUGACCAUCGAGGCUGAUUCUAAUCUAACCGGCAGUCUCCAGCGUCCCAACAAAGGUUUGGAACAUGCUGACAAGAUUCAUUGGUCACCAGUUCAAGCUUUUGAAGAGAUCAAACGCAUGAAUGAAGCUCCUCCUACCAAUCUUGUUAAGGAUCGUCUUCAAAAAUUUCAAUCUGAGGAGCGCCUUCAGAAGAUUUCUUCUAGUGAAAGGAAGAUUUCCAGUAAAUCAUCCGUUUCUGGGUCAGCUUUCAGCUUAGAGGACAUAAAUGCCGCAUUAGAAGAUGACAAUGUUUUUGAAAGCACUCAAAAGACGUCACAACAAGGGACCGAGCAAACGUCCCUGGUCGAUUCUCGAGAAAUCAAAGCGGUUGAGUUAAGCGAGACUAAGGCUCUAAUUGAGAGGCAGAGAAAGCGUCGAGAAAAGUUCUUUGAAACCGUACUGAGUGAUUCUAAGGACGAUAUCACCACAGAUGAUGACUUGGAUGAGGUCACAAAACCUGGAAAACCAAGGGAAAGAAAGCGAUCAGUCAGAGAGUUACUCUCUGAUUUUGAGAAGAAGAGUAAAGAGAUUCAUGACCAAGAGAUCCAAGAAGGGGAGAAUGACGACCUCUCUGGAUCACGUCGACGAGUCUUCAGCGACACCGAAACCAUGAUGUUUGAAACGUCUAGCGAUGAUGUGAUGUCAGAGGAUGCCAAUAAACCGGUUGAUAAACAUCGCCAACCUGAUCCUUUCACACCGGAAGUUCCUCCAAGGACUCCCAAGGGGCCUAAACCUCGAGCCUGGCGACAAGAAAACCAAUAUUUACCCAUGAGCCCUCCUUCAGCCACAUUUGAACAAAUGCAACCUGAGGGCCAAUACUUGCCAAUGACUCCUUCGAAGGCCAAAAUAUCGACCGCCACCCAGAGCCGAUCCUCCAUUACGUCCAGCUCUGCUAGUCGGGGAUCAACUCAAAGCAUUCUUACCCCAACGGAGAUGUUAAUACAAGCCCACAAUCGAACGCCAUCACAAUCCUUGGUGAUUGAUCAUCUUCAAAAGGAGUUUAGCGCCAACAUUGCCUUUCAAGAAGGAACCUACGUGCCAAUGUUGGAUGAUCACGAGUCCAUGAAAGUGCCUAGUAGAGACCAAUUGCCCAAACGUCCCAUCUUAGCACCACCACAUUUUCAAGAGCCCAAGUUUGCCUCUAAACCCAAGGAGAGUCCAAGGUAUAUCGAAAUUGAUGAUCCAGAUGAGGAGGACCAAAACCACGUGAUACCUAUAACAGAGAUGUCGCACUAUGAAUACCUGUAUAAAGCAAGGUCUGCCACCCCCUUGCAUUACGAAGCGGUCUACCAAGAGAUCUCUGAUGACGAAUCCCCGAAAGAAGUGAGGACCACUAAAGCCUUGCCACAAACACCAAUCAAACCUGAAGCUAAAGCACCCCAAGCCAAGCUUCCAGACAUAAUAGGAAAUACACCAACCCAUCGGGGUCACUCGUCCUCCGAUGCUGACGAUGAGGGUGGUGUGGCUCAUUUAUCCCAUUCUAGAGCCAAGUCCAAUGCUAGCAUUUCGGACUCGUUCAAACCGGCGUCAUUUUUCCUCAAUCCACCUAAGCGCUCUCUAUCCCAAGAUAUACGGACCGAUCAUUCUCAUCCAGAGAGACGAACAUCCUCAGGCAGUCUCUCUGCUCGCGAAUUGCCAAUGACACCAAUUGAGCGACGGAAGUCUGCUGAAGAUCUUCAUCGAACCUUGGAAGGUAGCAUGAGGAGUUCUAUUUCCUCCUUGGAUAGUGCUGGCAAACGGAAAACAAUCUUAGAGAAUAUUGAAGAAGAACGCCGAGGAUCCACUCGAGGUGGUCGAAGGGAGGCUGUGACUGUUCUUCCACCCCAACCAGAGGUGGGCUAUCAAAAUGAAGAAGGAGAUCAGUUGGAGCAUUCAUCACUUCCUCCUCUGGCUCAAAUUUCGCUUCAUCAAGGUGAUCAAAAGCCUCGGUCAGGAUCAGUUGUGACCGAUCCCAAUAGUUCCUUAAGUCCGAGAUCCCCCAAGGUGCCAUAUUACGUGUCUGACUUGAAUGAGAGUCAAGCUACAAUUGAUCGCGCUAAAGCCAUCGACGAGCUUCAUUUAAGCAUGGAGCUUUUGGAUGCUCAGACUAAUGAACAUUUAGCUCAUAAGUCGAAUGACGAUAUGCUCCAUCGCAUCCGAAGGUCUGCUGCACCCACACCCGUUAAUGAGCACGGUUACCCUGGAGGACCUGUGGCCAGGUCUCAAUCAUUAGAAGGUUUGCUGGGUGAUAGCCCUGGAACCCCAAGGGACUCUGUUCAAGUUCAAAUGCAAGUUGCUCCUCCACCGUCGUCAGCCAAUCUACCUCCAAGAGGACGCGAAGCCCCUCCACCUCCGCCCAACGUACCUCCCUUGGACCUAAGGUCACCUCCCACACAAGCCCAAGCUUGGACCAAGGAAGUCUCCAAUGACUCCGUGGAAGAGGAUGAUGAUCCUGUUUGGCGGGAAAGUCUAAGACGUGCGAGUGCCAAACAUAGAGCACGCUCUGCAGACCCAAGAAAUCAAAAUGUUGUCCACCCCGUCAGACAGGGUCAGCACGACCCUUCCUUCUAUUGGGAUGAACGUGAUCAACGCUUCUAUAAAAUCAAAGAUCAACGAGUCCCGCCGCCGCAUCCUCAGUCUGUCGACCCGUCUUUUUUAGACCAAAGCCUCCCCGUUCCUAUCGAUUCUAGAGCCCAAGGAUCGGGGAGGCAUUUGCCUUCGGAACCUUUGAACUCUAUGGCGUCAAUUGACAAUCCAGAUAGUGGAAUCUAUGAAAAUGCCGACUUCUUUCCCGACUCUUCUGCCUCGUUUCCAUCUUUUACCUCGGCCCCACACGAGGUUUUCUUGACCAAUGAGAGUCAAACCAAAACAACACAGUAUGUUGAGGCCAAUACCAACAACAAUGCUCCUCUGCGAGUCCGUCAACAAACUGGUCCUCCUCCUGGAAGAAGACGCACUUCAAGUGCCAGUCGAAAGGAUUCAGAUACUCUAAAACAGAAGGUUCGUGGUAAUUUAUUGGACAUCACCGCUCAAGAUCUCCUGGGCAAAAGCCACGAGGAGCUCGUUCUUAUGCUAAUCCAUCUUCGUCGGCAAGGCGCUGCUCUGAAAGAGGCCAUCGACUCCACGAAGGCCGAAAUGCAAAGUGUGGCACACCAUCCCAAUGACACGGAUGAAAACCAGAAACUCCUUCAAGAUCUCAAUUGCCAUAUCCGAGAACUCGAGGAUCAACACGCUCGGGCUCAUCCCGUCAUCACUCUAGUGGACAACAUGGUCAAAUUAGGGUCUUUGUAUCGGGGUCCGGCCGACGCACCGCUAUCGCACCGAAUCCGGAAUCUACCAACAUCUUCGUCUUCAUCCAGUGGGGUGUCAUCCGGAUACGAUUCCAAAUCACAACGGAAAACGCCUUUUGAUGAGGAUAAAGUCAAGAUGGCCGAGCAAGAAAAGGCCGUUGUUCAGCAAAAGCUCUUGGAGCUCUAUCAAAUCGAUCUCGGUUUGUCGGAAGAGAGGAAGUUCUUGAGACGCUUGUUUCAGGAAAAGGAUACCUUGGAAAGUUCUUUGGAACAAACGAAGCGAACCAUUCCUAACGGAAGUGAGGAGUUUGAUGCCUUUAACAAGGAGCAAGAAAUGUUAGAAAAUGAGCUAAGAAGAGUUCACGGACAACUUCAAACUAGUCAGAAGAAACUCGACGAGAACUCUUCCGAGCAUUCACGUUGGGAGCACGAUAUUCUCUUCUUGAGACAGACUCUCCAGCAAUCAGUGACACGCAACAUGCAAUACGGAAUCAGUCAAUCGGCCGAAACCUUGGCCAUUGAAGGAGAAUUGGCCCAAGUUCAGCAACGCGCCUCUGAACUCCACCGAGAGCGACAAUCCCUCAUGAAUGACAUUCAAAAGCUUUCAAGUCGGCAAGACUGUCUUUCCCAUGAGUAUCGAUCUUCUAACUCUACCACUGACAAGAAGGUCGUCAAGAAAUCCAAACCUGUUGAAUCCGAGCCCCGAAACUACGAGAACGUCCAGAUUGCCGCCCCAGCACCUUUGCCAGAAAAGGAAUCGUCCGAUAUGAUGGAGCUCACUUUGGGAGACAUCAGCGAGGCAGACGAUAGAGUCAAAAAGUUCUAUGGCAUCAUUCCCAAGGAUAACAAAGCAGCCGAGAUCAAGACGGUGCGUAUGGUGAAAAGAGACUCCAAGGAAAGGUCUGUCAUCAAGAGUUCCCGAUCUUACGUGGACGAAAAUGGGCGAUUGGUUGAGGUGGAGGUGGAUGAUGGAGAAAGCACUAUGACGACGCCUCCAAUGCUGCCUAGAGGCAAUUAUGGUCCCAACAUGCAUGACUUCCUCCAGACAUCAACUAAUGGAAAUGACGCACCCAAGAAACGUGGUGAAAUAUUCUCAUCUGGUUCGUUGCCCCGGAAUUAUGAGAGCAGCUCAAGUGCCGAGAGCAGCGGCAAUUUCACCAAUAGUCCGGCGGGUCGAGCCCUCAUCUCUCAAGUAAACGGGACUUCCGCAUCCACAACGGCCGUAAAUGGUGGCCUUUACUCCAAACCUAAUUUCAAACUGGGAGAGUACAACCGGAAAAAAUCUAAAGAUUCCUCUGAACGCCCAGCAAGUGGUUUGAGUGCUCACGAAAGGCUCUUUGGUUCCUCCCGAGAGAGCAGCAUGAGUCCGCCCAUGUCACCCAUGAAGAACAGUGUUCUAACUGGGUCCAGCGAUAGUGGAGUCAGUCCAAUCAUGUCGCCUAUCUUUAAGAGCGCUACGGCUAAGCAAAUCGCCGAGGAGGUGGGCAAGCAUGGCCCUCCUGGUGGCACCAAAUACCGUCGUAAGAGCAAAAAACGCUCUCAUACCAUUACUAGCGGCAAUCCGGCCAUAAUGGAGGCUCUCAACCAGCAUGACACCAAGCAGGCCUCGAAUCGAGCUAGAGACGACAUAGAUAUGGAGCGUAUUCUCCGGCCACGAACUAAUGCUCCGGAUGUGAUCAAGUCUGCCUUGGAUAAAAAGGACAUGAAGAUCAAUUCCACUACCAUUGACAACUUAUUCGGAGUGCCAGAGAAGAUUUUGAUCCCGGAGCGUUACAUCCCGGAUACCGAUAUGGAUAACAUCACCCAAGAGGAGCGCCAAGUCAGAUUGAAGAAGGCUGACUCCAUUCGGCGAAUGUUAGCGGAUACAGGAGCUGCUCCAAUUCUCGGCGGCCUGACUCCCAAGCAAAAGGAGAACAUGGAGGAUGAGAAAAAAGAGCGGGAACACAUUCUAGCCCUGAACCAGGUCCUGGCCCGACAAGUCAUGGAAAAGAGUCGGAUUGUGGCAGUUCGCGCCCUGGCCAAUCACAAGUUCAGUGACGAUGAAGGCUCAGAAGAGGACGCCACGGAAAGUACGCGCUCGUAUUCAUCGUCACCCACGCAACCUCUUCCGUUGUUCCAACAGCGAGAAAGUAUGCUUCAAUGAUGAGGAAGACUGGUACGACAAGGAAGAAGAUUCAACCACAACUUUAAAAAAUGGCUUUCGCAUUUGCAUCGAAACUUCUCCCCCUGUUCCCAUUACAAAGGCGUUUUUAUUGUUGCCUCAGACCCCUUGGCAUGAUUCACAAAAAUAGCCGUGCCUUGGGUGGAACGCUCCCAUUUCGAAUCUUAUAUAUUCAGAAAAAGUGCCAUCGCAUUUCCUCCCUUUUUCCUCCAAUUCCUUUCUCUCCUUCCGGGUUCGAUUCAAACUUUCUAUUCAUAUGAAUGAUAGGAAGACAGCCAUCAUUAAUGUUAUCCAAUACCUUAUUUUUGUAAUGAAUGAGAAAAAGGAGCUCUUUUUGCUUCAGAUUAGUGCAUUUAAAAGAUCGAAAUAUCGGAAAUAAAAAAGAUAAACCCUG